GGAAUCGGGGGUGCAAAGUGAAAAUAUUCUCUUCGCUUUGCCUUUAAGCGAUCUACUUUCGUCGUCGGUGAUUCCUCUCAAUUCCGUCAUCGUUGGGGCGGACGAUCGCGCAGCCGUAGGAGGUCUCGUCGUUCCCGGUUCGUAGCUCGGAGAGCGAGUCAUACUCUGAGAAAAUGAAGAGGGGAAGAGGUGGUAUGGAUGACUUCUUUGGUUUUGGGGAUCCAUUUGCUGGGUUUGGUGGCUUCCGCAGACCAGGGAAUUUGAUGUCUAGUGUUUUCGGUGGGAGAGACCCCUUUGAUGAUCCUUUCUUCACACAGCCAUUUGGAAGCUUAAUGGGAAGAAGCAUGUUGGGACCUAGCAUGUUGGGACCUAGCAUGUUUGGUCCUAGCAUGUUUCCUGAUCAAGGAACCCUCUUUGGGGAGACUAGCAACCCUUGGUUCUUGGAGCAGGCUCCUCCAGCCAAUAAGUCGAAGGGUCCUGUAAUUGAGGAGCUCUCUGAUGAUGAUGAUGGAGAUGAAAAGAAGGCUGGCGAGGAUCACAAAGAGAACACAAGAAAACAUUCUAGGCCAUAUGAGGAGCCAUUUGUUCAGGAACCUGAUGAAGCACUUGAAGAAAACAAGAGCAGGCAUAUACAAUAUAUGAACAACUUCAAUCACCCUGGGAUGAUGCAACCACAGGGUAACACUUUUACAUUCCAAAGCUCAACUGUGACUUAUGGUGGCCCAAAUGGUGCAUAUCACACUUCAUCCACAACAAGGAGAAUGGGAGGCAAUGGAGUUGUUAUGGAAGAGAGCAAGGAAGCCAACACCACUACUGGUAGAGCUACUCAUAGGAUAUCUCGUGGGCUUCAUGACAAAGGUCACUCAGUCACAAGAAAACUGAAUUCUGAUGGGAGGGUAGACACAAUGCAGACGUUACAUAAUCUCAAUCAAGAUGAGCUUCCUGCUUUUGAGAAUGCUUGGAAAGGGAAUUCUAAGAAAUACUUGCCUGGAUGGGACCAGGGGCAUGAUUCCUUUGAGAAUAAAGGCUUUAUAACUAACAGCAGCAGAGCUCAAACGGCAAGAGGAAAGGCCCUUCUUCUUCCCCCCGAGAAACCACAAGAGACUGGAAGGAUGCAGUGGCAGUCGCAGCCGUGAUUGGUCUCGGUCUCUUUCAAAACCAAAGGUGCCAUGAAUGAACCAACAGUUUAGUCGUAUGAAUAAAUACACGAAUUCCUCUAAAAUGAGCACUGUUUUGGCACUAUGAUCUUCCCUCGUAGGAUUUCUAUGCAUGUAUUGCUUUAACGAUGAUAUUGUUGUAUAAACUAGUAGAAACCCUAAUAUCAGAUUGAAUGCUGAAUUUAAAUUA